UUUUGGCAACAUAAAUAAUUCUGUGCCUCUAUUGAUCCCAUACUCCCAACACUGUUUCUUUCUCCGACGACACCCCCUUUUCCCUCGUGAUCUUCGACAUGGCGAGAGGCGCCUCCCAAUCUCAAUCCACAGCGUCCCAUGCCACCACGCGACCGGGCGUGAUGGCUCCUCGCGGCACCGCUGCCGCCACCGCCGGCAUGCGCCGUCGUCGCCUCGGCGGAGGAACAAGCUCCGCCUCCGUCAGUGGAGGCUCCGGCGCCGGAGGAAGCAACAUGCUGCGGUUCUAUACUGACGACGCUCCAGGCCUCAAGAUCUCCCCCACGGUGGUGCUCGUCAUGAGCCUCUGCUUCAUCGGCUUCGUCACCGCGCUCCACGUCUUCGGCAAGCUCUACCGCUAUCGUUCCUCCGGCGCCACCGUUUGAUUCCUCUUCGCGAUCAUGGAUCUGAUCUGGAUCACGAAAUCCGGUACUUGUUAAGAUGUAGUAUAUUUCUAAUCCGCGAUAUUGACCUUUGAAGAGAGGGAUUGGGACUGUCUUCUAUAGAUAUAGCCACGUUUAUCAUUGGAUGGACCUUUCCUUAAAGGAAAAUUCUUUUAACUCUUGAAAGUUGAUGGUGAGUUGUCAUUGAGUAUAUCAUGGCCUGAUUUUGUUCUCAAUGUUGAGCUUCCUGUUAAAUUAUAAUGAGAUUACCAUACCCGUUAGAUUUUUCUUUUCAGAGUGAGUGUAACUGACAUUAAUGCAUAACAUUUUAACAGUCAUGAAUUUUCGUUUUAGUGCACAGCCUUGCAAA